UUUGCCUUGCAGGAUACUAUGCAGUCGAACUAGUGAACGACAGCCUGUACGAUUGGAACGUCAAACUCCUGAAGGUUGACGAGGAUAGCGCUUUGCACAACGAUCUCCAGAUCCUCAAAGAAAAAGAAGGAACAGAUUUCAUCCUCCUAAACUUCUCCUUUAAAGAUAACUUUCCUUUCGAUCCACCGUUCGUAAGGGUUGUGUCCCCAGUGCUGUCAGGGGGGUAAGUAGCUGCUGGUUCUGCUCACAGAGCUCUCCAGCUCUGCUUCCCGGGGCAGUUUUCAUGAGAGUGAGGAGCAAUGUGCAGCUUUGUUACUUUUAAUACAUUUGUGGCAGCCUUCCUGGGAAGCGUGGUCAGUGUUGGCAGAUGGUUUUCCUUGCUUUCU